AUGUCCUUGACACAGUGCAUCACGCGGAUACUUUUGUUUUUAUUUGGCAAACCUUCACUGUGUUUAUCUUCUACCAUUAUCGGACCAGCAGUUGGUCAACUGGAGCGGACGCCUUUAUCGAUCACGAUGGACGUUACGACAAGUCGCUGCCCGCUGCACGUGAUACCACCGCCAUGUCCGCAUGUUCGCAUCACGCCACGACCUCUCCCCGCCAACCGAACUAACACAAGAAGGCUUUUAGCGAUAGUGCGCUCUCGAGGAUGCGGUGAAAGGGAUCUGACUCAGCGGUCCUGGCCGAAGAUCGUCGACCUUGAACGGAAUCUGGGUCGGCCGCUGACCAUCUCAGUCAGGUGGCGGCGAAGGUUGGUACCUGAUCCAUCAUCGCGGAGUUGGGGAUUGGUGUGUGGUGCGAAUCUUGCCCAUGUAAAGUUUACGCUUUACCAUAGAACAUUAAAGCAUGUAUGGGAACGUUUGGUAUAUUAA